ACUGCGCCCUGCCCCGCCCCUGCCGCCAACCGAGUGAUCAAGUUCGUCACCGGCAACAAGCACAAACUGGCCGAGGUCCGGUCUUUCCUCGCGGCGGCCGGGUCCUCUGUCGAGGUGGAGGCCAUCUCCUUCGACCUGCCCGAGAUCCAGGGCGGCUGCGCCAAGGAGAUCGUCAAGGCCAAGUGCCAGGAGGCCAUCCGCAUCCUGCCCCCGGGCACGGCCAUCCUGGUGGAGGACACGUCGCUCUCCUUCGCGGCCUUUGAGUAUCGCCUGCCCGGCCCGUAUGUCAAGUGGUUCCUGCAGGCCGGCGAUGGGCGCAACAACAUGUGCCGCAUGCUGGAUGGCUUUGCUGCCACCCCGGCCGGGCGCAAGGCCCGUGCCGAGUGCCUCUUCGCCUUCGCCGACGGCUCCGGCGGCGAGCCCAUCGUCAUCGAGGGCUACUGCCAUGGUCAGAUUGUUGAGCAGCCUCGCGGCCCGCCGAACUUCGGCUGGGACUGCAUCUUCGAGCCUCGCGGCUUCGACCAGACUUACGCCGAGCUCGAUCCCGCCACCAAGAACCGCAUCAGCCACCGCGCGGUGGCUCUCGGCCGGGUGAUCGAGUACAUCCAGACCGGCACCCUGUCGGCCCUCCCGGAAUAGAGGCGCGCCACCCACGUGACUCGCUCUUCGCGGGCGUCCCGGCGGCCGGCGGGUCGGACCUGCCGGCGGCCGUGUUUCUCUUCCGCCCAGGAGCAGCGCAGGGUGUCCC